ACAGCUACCAGGAGGUGAUCAAAAAAAUCCAGAUCCUAAACAAUUACCAAAGGAUGGAAAAAAGGCUCCACCACCACCGGGAGAUGAUCAAAAAAAUCCAACUCCUGAACCCACACGACCUAAAAACCCGAACCAACCUCCUCCUACAGAUAGUAAACCUUCGGCACCUGAACCCACGAACGAAUCGCCCAACAAUAAUCCUAACAACGAAAACGAAGAUAACAAAAAUAACGAUAAUGAAAAUAACGAUGAUGACAAUAACGAUGAUGACAAUAAUAAUAAAGAUGACAAUAAAGAUGACAAUAAUGAUGACAAUAAUGAUGAUGGUAAUGGUGAUAAGAAGGACAAUAAUGACAAUAAUGAUAAGAAUGGUGGUAAUGACGGGAAAGGAAAUACCAAAAAACCAAAACCACUUCCAUUUAAUCCUCCAACAAAAAUAAAUAUUACUUUGAUGCCUACUCCUGUUGCCACAACAUCUACAUUUACAGUUCCCUCCAACAUUCCUGAGAAAAUCGUAGUUGAUGAAGAGAAUACGCCACCUCCAAAUACCACUCAAGUUCAAUUGAAAUUUUCAGCACAGCUUCCGUGGUUACAAGUAGUCGGAGAUGACGUCUUACCUUCACAAUUUGUUAAAUUUGUUCCGGAAGACAUUGCGAAAUUUACUGGAAUUCCUUUAAAAGACAUUACGGUUACGGACUUGCAAGCUGCUGAUAAUGGGGGUGUGCUUAUGACAAUAAAUAUACCUGAAAAUAAAUUCGGUAACCUUUCUAAUGUAAUUGCGAAUCCCAGUAGUGCAUUUUAUUUAAAAGGCACGGAAUUAAGUAAAUUGGUUGAUCCAUCAUCACCAAUUGUUGUAUCAGGAGAUAAUGUCCCAAACCCAACAAAUUUGGGUUUUUCAGGUGGUAAUUCAAAUAGGGGAAUAAUUAUUGGAUUAGCAGUUGGAGGUUCAACAAUAUUAUAUGCAGGGUUAACGGCUCUCAUUAUUCGAGCUUAUAAGAAAAAGAAUUCAAAAAAAAUGCAAAGACAAGAAAAUCAUGUUUACGGAUCAACAAAUGGGAAUCCUUACACUGGACAAUAAUAAAUGUAUUAUAGUUAAUAUAUUUGUAAUAUCAGUCUAAAUAGAUUUUAGAAAAAGAAUUAAAAAAUGUAUACUUGUAAUUAUUUUUGUAUUGGGUUUGGGUUUUUUAUUUGUUUAUUUUUUUCUCCUUACAUCGAUUUAAAUUUAUUACCAAAUAUAAUUAUUAUA